ACUUCAAACGUCAGAAAUCAAAACAUUUUAUACAGGUUUCAAAUUCAAAACAAUAACAAAUUUAACAUUUAUUUUUUUAUCUUAAUGUUGUUACUUUACUCUUAAAUAUUAUAUUUGUUAUAAGAUAAUAAGGCAACAUGUAAAAUAUAUUCUAAGGAAAUCGUAUGUAAUAGUAACAGUAACUUAGUUUCCCGUUAUUCGUAGCAUACCACGUCAGUAUUAAAUCGCUCAAGUAAAUCAUAAGAUGCGUAGAUCUAAAGGAUAUCAAGAUCUUGAUGAAAAUGUUGGUGAUGGACGUCAACCGGCGCCUCCGAUGCCGCCUCCUCAGGAAAUCGAAAUGGCAUCGGUUUCCGUCGUUCCCGACGAUACAUUCACAGUCACUCAGGCGGUGAAUGCCCUAGGGUUUGGUUGGUUUCAAGUGAAGCUGUCCUUGUAUACGGGCCUCUGUUGGAUGGCAGAUUCUAUGGAAAUGACUAUAUUGAGUAUUUUAUCACCCGCCCUGCAUUGCGAAUGGAAUAUUAGCAAGUACCAACAAGCCCUUACAACCACAGUUGUUUUCAUGGGAAUGAUGCUGAGUUCAACAUUCUGGGGAAAUAUAAGUGAUCGUUAUGGCAGAAAAACAGCGCUAAGUAUGUGUGGCGUUCUGUUGUUUUAUUAUGGACUGUUAAGUGCAAUAGCUCCAAAUUUCCUAUGGUUGUUAUUUUUGAGGGGUCUAGUCGGUUUUGCUAUAGGAUGUGUACCACAAUCAGUGACUUUAUACGCAGAAUUUUUACCAACGAAACAGAGGGCAAAAUGUGUUGUGCUUUUGGAUUGUUUCUGGGCCCUCGGAGCUUGUUUGGAAGUAGCUUUGGCACUGGUUGUGAUGCCAACAUUAGGUGUGCAUUGGCUUCUGGCAUUAUCUACUGUACCGUUGCUUAUAUUUGCACUUAUAUGUCCGUGGCUUCCUGAAUCUGCCAGAUUCCAUGUAGCCAGUGGUCAACCUGACAAAGCUUUAGCAACACUCGAUCAGAUAGCCCGGGAUAACGGCCGUCCUAUGUUGCUGGGUAGACUUGUCUGCGAUGACUCCGUGGGUAUCGGACAAAGAGGACGUCUUAAGCAUCUUCUAAUACCACAGCUUAGAAACACCAGUCUGCUACUUUGGGUUAUUUGGAUGUCCUGUGCGUUCUGCUACUACGGUCUAGUGCUGAUGACCACGGAACUGUUCGAGACUGAUGCUGGCGAGGAACCCUGUGCCGCUGACUGCCGUCCGUUACAGACCACAGACUAUAUGGACCUAUUGUGGACCACACUAGCAGAAUUCCCCGGAAUAUUUGCCACAAUAUUUAUAAUCGAGAAGUUUGGACGCAAGAAGACGAUGGCAUCUCAAUUCGUUAUAUUCGCCAUGUGCGUCUGCGUAUUAACAUACAACGCGAACCGUACCUUCCUCACUUGCACAUUGUUCCUGGCUCGCGGAAUAAUCGCUGGUUUGUUCCAAGCUGCCUACGUUUACACGCCGGAGGUAUAUCCAACAGCGUUGAGGUCAACGGCCGUAGGUGCUUGUAGUGGUGUUGCCAGACUAGGGGCCAUGGUUACACCAUAUGUAGCACAGGUACUGUUAAGGAACUCAGUGUUAAUAGCCACCGCUGUAUACUCUGUGGCUGCAUUGUUAGCAGCUGCUGCCUGCCUCGCUCUGCCGAUAGAGACUAAAGGCAGAGAAAUGAAGGAUACUGUCACUGUCACCGGCUGACAGACAGAUGACAUUUUGACAUUAAACAGUAUGUCGUGGUUGACAGAUAUCGGACAUAUUGACAUUUGACACUAAUUUAUAUUGUGGAGGGUAGAUGUAAAGAGCACACAAUUCUUUUACUUGACGUUAACAUAUAUGUAAAUUAAAAGAAGAAUUAUAUUUAACAUAAAUUUAAAACGUUAAGAUUUAAAUUAAAAGCUUUAAUGUAUUGAUGUAAUACAGGUUUGAUGAACAUAAUUUUCUUCCUAUCGAGUUACUGCUUCCCGACUUGUAUCUAACUAAUUGUUAUUUAAUGAGCACAAAAUAUUAAAAAUAUAUUGAUAUUAAUAGUGUUGUAUCAUAAGCAUUUUGUCGCAGUAAAAAAUGUUGGCUUAUUAUGUUUUGCCCAUUUAUUAUGUUAGUGUAUAAAAAAAAACUCAAAUACUUUACUAAUUUAUGUAACAGUGACCACUUAUUAUAUGACUGUAAUAAAUUUUAAUCUCGCUAGGAAUAGCGUCCAAGAACCUGUAGAUGUCUUCCAAAUGAUAAUUAUAAUGCAAGUGUAUUUUAAAGAAAUUGUAUCCCAGCAUAGGACCUGAUAUCUUUUUUCUUACAAUAAUUUCUGAUAUGGGAUUUAGAAAUAGAAUAUUUUAUUAAAUCUUUUAAAAUUCAAAUAUCCGAAUAUAAACAAAGGAUGAAUUUUAUUAAUAUUGUAUGUGAGAAAAGAAAUGCAAUAAUUACAUUUUAAAAUGAAAAAAUUACAAUCAUUUUAUAUCGUCCAUAAUUUUAAAUUAGAUAUUUUUAUUUAUUUGCAUUCGUACCUGACUUUAGGGUUGAUCGAUACCGUCCUUAUAGGGCUAUGACACUACAAACAUAACAUUUCACUAAUUUUAUACUUUCAGUGUGAUAUUUAAUCCAAACUUACUUAAGCGUAGCUUUACAUAAUAAUUUUAUAACUUUAAAUAAGCUGAAUCUCAAGAACAGACGAACCAAUUUUAUGUUAAGUAUUUAGAAGAAAUUUUGUCUAAUAAAUGGAUCAUGGCGUGUUUUAAUAUUCGUAUACUCAACUAUUCAUUGUUCUGCCGCCAUCUGGUGAUUUUAUUUAAUUUUUUUGUUUCUUACCUUACUUAAGUUUUUAAAGCCCCAUCGGCCGUGUACUUAACUAUUGUGAUCUGCUCUUUUGAGUGUAUACCGUAAUAUUAUACACAACAAAAAAUUUACAAAUAAAUCUCAUGUAAUUUUAAGCUCUACUGUUUAGAACAGUAAUAAUUCUUUUUAAUUUUCAUUGCAUUUAUUUAAAAAACAUUUUUUUUCUAUGGUUGUAAUGGUAACCUCGUUAUGUAUAGAUGUAUUACAAACAAUAUUGACACCAAAUAUAAUGUUAUUUUUUAAGCAUCUAAUAUGUUAUAGCAUACAAAUAAAACUCACUGCUGCUAUCAA